AUGGCGUGGAACGACGACCUCCUGCUCAAAGUAGCCAACAUCGUGGCCUACGUCUUCUUCACCACGGGCAAUGUCUACUCGCAACUCGGCGUGGGAGCCAACCCGGUGGUGCAAGAGACCUACCUCUCGCCCGAACGAUGGAUCUACGGCGUGUGGCCCUUCAUCCACUUCCUGUUCCUCGGCAUGAUCGUGUACCAGUUCACCGAUGCUGGAUCCACCCACGUCGUCCACGGCAUCGGAUGGAGGUUCCCCGGACUGUGCAUCCUCAACGCCGUCUACUCUGGACUCAUCUCUGCGCAGGUCAAUGCACACCACGAUCGCAUCUACGCCAUCCUCGCGUUUGUUGUCAUGCUGCUCAUCGCCGGCACCGUCUCGCACUGCUACCGAUCCCUCAAGGUGCACCACACCGCCAACAACUUGGCUGACACCGUGUUCGUUCACCUCCCUUUCAGCCUCUACCACGGCUUUGUGGUCGUGCUCCUCUUCGUCACCGGUUUCGAGGCGUUCGGCGUCAACGCCAUGACGCACAAGGCUGGCAUCAUCACCAAGAUCGUUGUGUUCCUCUCGCUGCUGUUCCUCGAGUCCACCGCCGCAGGUUACGUGUGGUACUCGGAGGGCGACGUCGCCGGUGCGCUCGUGAUCAGCUUGAGUCUGCUCGCCAUCUUCCAGCACCAGACCUCGAGCAAAUUCAUCCACUGGUCGGCACUCGCCUUCUUCAUCAUCAGCCUGAUCGCCGUUCUCAGGGCUGUACUCUCCAUCUUUACCAGCAGGAACAGGACCGCCGUCACGGACGAGGAGCGCGCUCCUUUGGUCGGAUGA